AUGGAGAGAGAGAUAGGUUCCAAGAUCGAAGAUAUCGAGAGAGCUCAUGUGAUUAGAGACGCCAGAGAGACGAAUGUCGAAACAAGCAUCAUCAAAGUAGACACGAGCGAUUGGCAGAUUUUCCUGUCGCAAAUGGAGGCGGAGCACCCCCCCCCCCAAAAGAUAGAAGAUAGCUCACGGAGUGGACAGUGCGUAGUAAGAAGAUAG